AUGUCUUCCUUAAGGAUUGCACUCAACGACGGCAUUCAGUUGCCCUGGCUUGCGUUCGGCUCCGGUACCGCCCUCUGGCAGCAGGACGCCGCGGCGCAGGUCGAGCACGCGAUCCGCGCCGGCUUCGUGCACAUCGACACCGCGCAGAUGUACCAGAACGAGGACUCUGUCGGACGCGGCAUUGCGCGCUCGGGAGCGUUGCGCGGGGAUCUGUACGUCACCACGAAGCUCGACAGACUCCUCGAGGGUGCGAACGUGCAUGACUCGCUCGUGGACUCGCUCCGCAAGCUCGGACUCGACUACGUCGACCUCUUCCUCGUGCACAUGCCUGUUGACCAUCCGAGCCUCAAGGACACCUGGGCCGAAAUGGAACAGGUCAAGGAGGAGGGCCUCGCGAAGAGCAUCGGGGUGUCGAACUUCCAGCCCAGGCACUUGGAUGUUAUUCUCGAGAGUGCUAAGGUUGUCCCUGCGGUCAACCAGAUUGAAUACAAUCCCUACCUUGUCAAGGCUUCCCAGCCCGUCCUCGACUAUUGCAAGGAACACGGCAUCGCGGUUGCCGCGUUCGGUGGGCUGAGCCCUCUCUCACGAUUCUCAGAUGGUCCUGUCAACCCUAUCCUGAAGAAAGUUGCGGCGCGCCUCCGUAAAGACGCCGGCAAGCUCGUUUCUGAAGCUCAGAUCCUGCAGCUCUGGCUCCGCAAGAAGAACAUCGUCUGCAUCACAACGAGCUCGAAGAAGGAGCGGCUCGCGGAGUACGUCGCCGUUGGUUUGCUUCCUGAUAUCACGGAUGCCGAAGAGCGCGAGAUUGACGAGGCGGGAUCGCAAGUGCAUCAUCGUGUAUGGGCUACCUGGAUCGACGAGGGCUUGUAG